AUGUAGUAUUAAUAAGGAACUUCAAAAAGAUGUUCAAAGUGGUAGGAUCAGAUAUAAAUUGUGAAUUUAAUCUUGAAAGUAAUAAUUGUAGAGCUCAUGCGUUCACAGGCACUGAUACACUUAAGACUAAUAAGAGUUGCUCUUUGUACUAGGAUAAAUGUGUAACAUCAGGAAAGGGAUGUAUUGGAACAAGAUUUGGAAGUGCUAUAAGUUUUACAGGAUGUAGUGUUACAGAUGGAGAAUGAGCUGGAGACGCUACAAGUAUUAAUGUAGAGCUAGAUUAUGCAAUGAAAAGAAAGCAACAACUGAUGAAGAAUGUAGUAGAUGGAAAGCUAGAUAAAAAAUAAAUGGAGGAUAAUGUAUUGACUUAUUAAUUAAUAGUAAAAUAAAUGAGGGAACAAUUACUACUUGGGGUUUAUUAAAAGUAUUAGAUAGCAAUUGUAAAGAAACUUAGAUAACAACAUCUAAUUGCGCUGUAAAAGAAUUUAAUGAUACCUUUAAACACUUGA